AUGUGGCCAGGAAAUUCACCUGAUCUCAAUGCAGCUGAGCGCAUCGGAUCAAUACCGAAGGAUGAAGUCGUGACAAGAAUGUUAUCUGACGCCAGAAAUAAUCGUCAUCGUGAAGAAACAUUGAAAAAGCACAUCUGCGAUGUCUUAGAAAAUAUGGAAACAAAUACCGAGCUUUUACAAAAUCUUUCAUGCUCGUAUCCAUCUCGAUUACAGGCUAUCAGAAAAGCUAACGCUCGUCGUUUAAAUAAUACUUGGCCAAUAACAGAUGAGCAUCGAUUGGCAACUAUUUACAAUCCAAAAUUUAGAAAGUUCGAAUGCUCUUCUAAUGAAAAAGAAACGGCUAUCAAUGUAUUAAAAUGGAAAUUUCAAAAGCAUCAUGCUACUAUUUCUUCUUCUUGUACAAAUCCAUUAGCCUCUAAGCAUGUUGUUCCUCUAUCUUCUUCAUCCAAUACAGCACCAAAACCGAAAAAUCUUCUCUCUCAAUGUUUCGAUACGAAAGUCAAAGCACUUGGUGAACGAUCAAAUCCAUUUCAAGAAAUUGAUGAUUAUUUUAAUUAUGAGUUUGAUGAAAGUUUUUACCUUUAUGAUAACAGUGAUGAUACUGAUGUCUUGUUAUUUUGGAAAAACCACCAGCAUGUAUUUCCAAUUUUGUCAUUAUUAGCUAAAGAGAUAUUUGCCAUCCCAGCAUCAAAUACUAUCGUUGAACGACUGUUUUCAUCAUCAAAAAAUGUUGUAACUGAAAAACGAACACGUUUGGGUGCUAGUAAGAUAAAUGAAUUAUUAUUUUUACGAAAGAAUCUAAAUACUUUGAAACAACUUAUCAACAAUAGUAACCGAAAACGAACAUUAUCCAUGUCAUCAACAAUUACAACAUCUUCUGAUGAUUCUUCAGCUAAACAACAACGACUUGAUACUGAUGAAAGCUUAAUUGAUUGCGACAACAUGAAAGUUUUUUCGGAUUAG